CAAAAAGUCGAAAAGUCGACUUUUCAUAAAAUGCAAAAAGUCGAAAAGUCGACUUUUCGUUUCAACUAUAGAAACCUAGUACUGACUGUUUCUGUUUAACACACUAUGCUGGAGGGUAUAUAAGAUUCGGCUUAGCCGAAUAUAGAACUCUAACUUGUUAAUAUUAAGUCUAGAAACAUGGAAUGAAUGAAAAUCUAUAAAGGGGGACUUUCUGGUACUUUUUCGUUUUCCAACUGGUAUUUUUUUGUAGUAAAAUACGUUUUUCGUUUUAACACAUCAUGGUGAAGGGUAUAUAAGAUUCGGCACAGCCGAAUAUAGAAGUAUUACUUGUUUUGAACUUAUGCGUUGUUUUAAAUGGCUUAUUAUCUUAAAUUUACACUUUUUAUUUAAAUUUCAUGAUUUAAAAAGUAAACGUGAAUGUUUCAUUUUAAAGAUAAAAACUAAUUUAAAUAUAAACUAAUUUAAUAAACCAAGCAGUAUUUAAGUAAGAAUUUAAAGCAGAAAUUGUUAUUUAUUAUUUGUCAGAAAAAUGUUUUUAAAAACUAAAUUAUUACUAGUAGUUUUGCUAAGUUUAAACGAAAUAAUUUUUGGUAAAAAAAUCGACUAUUGCGACCAGCAGAUGUGUCCACAUCAAGGCGUUCAUGUGGCCUGCAAUAAAACAAAAAGUUUUAGUAAAGAUUGCGAGGGCGAACUGAAAGUGGAAAAUAUGAAACCUCAUAUUAAUAUGAUAUUGGAUGAACACAAUAAUUAUAGAAAUCUAGUGGCCUCGGGUAAGGUUAAAUGUUUUUAUCCAGCCGUAAGAAUGCCAUUAUUGAAAUGGGACUCGGAUUUGGCGGAAACUGCUGAGUACAAUGUACGCUCUUGUGUAUUUGCUCACGAUCAGUGCCGCAGUACUAAAAAAUUUCCCAUGGCUGGACAAAAUAUUUAUAUGGCCAAAACUAGUCGUAUCAAUGUUACAGUCGAGGGUUUUAUCAAAGAAGCCAUAUUUUUAUGGUUUGAGGAACAAUUUGAUGCGGAUAAUGAACUGUUAUUGUCCUAUCAUAAAACUACACCUCAAACGGGCCAUUUUACACUGCUGGUAAAUGAUCGUCAUAAUCGGGUGGGUUGUGCUUUUCUAAAUAAUCUCUUGAAACCAGACAAACGCUUUGUCAUCUUUACCUGCAAUUACUCAUCGACAAAUAUACGAGGGAUGCCGAGUUAUAAACCAGGGCGAGCGGCCUCUAAGUGUAAAAAACGCAAUGCCAAAUAUAAAUCGUUGUGUGAAGAUGAAAUAGAUCCCAACGAUUUAACUUGGUAUAGUGAUUAGAUUCAGCCAAUAAAAAUUAUUAAAUAUUUUAUAAAUAUAAAAAACUUAUGAGUAAAUUUAAAGAGUU